GUGUGAAGUGAAUACUAUGUCUGAACACUGAUGUUACUGGGAAUAGAAAGCUACAGAACACUGGAGUAAAGAAGAAAAAGUUGAUUUUUCACACCGACAUCAGGAUGGCUGCACUCCUCCUCCGGCUGAUGGCUCUCGCUUUGCUCAUCCAGGGCAGCCAAUGCAGCCUUGGGGACAUUCAAGUGGGCUGCAAGAGCUGGGAAAAAAAAGAAAACGGAGUAUGUUGUAAUGAAUGCCAUCCAGGAAACCACCUUGUUGAAAGGUGUGGACUAAGACCUGCAGACCUAUGCAAACCUUGUGAGCCUGGUACUUUUACAGUGAAUCCCCUGGACUAUAGAUGCUACCUGUGCAAUGCAUGUAUCGGUGCACAAGUCCAGGUGAAGAACUGCACAGCCAGAGCAGACACGGUUUGCAAAUGCAUUGAGGGUUACCACUGUGAAAACAGUGAAUGUUCCAGGUGUCAGAAAAAUAACCAAACAACUUCCAAGCCUUUGGACAAUGAUUCCACAGAAGUUCCUGUUGAUCAAGUAAUUUCAAGACCACCCGAAAAUACAUGGACCAUCUUCCCAGUUUUGAUCGUGGGUGCAAUUCUGAUGACCAUCUUCAUCACUUUCUUCAUCGCUGCAGCUGUUAUAAUCAAAAAAAGAGGCAAAAAAGCAAAAAUGCAAAACCCCCAAUUUCCCAUUGUCAGAACUCCCACAGAUGAUCCCAGGACAUUAAUUGCAAUCGAAUGUAGUUUCCAUGAGGCUCAGCAGGAGCAAGGGACCAGCACAGAGUCAUUGAUCUCCAAGUAAUCCCACAGAGGAGUUCGCCACUUUGCAAUACAGAGACUGCUUGCUUAUUGGGGAGAUCCAAUAUGGUAACAAGGUAGUCUAUAAAAUAAUGAAGAAGAGUUGGUGAAACCGAGCUGCAGCUGGAGAUGUAAUUCCUAACAGGGGAAACAAGCCAGGCAACAGACAGUUAGUGCGAGAAAAACUGAGCCACAGCCAAAACAUUGCUUACAAGCAUUUAAGUAUGUAAAAAGAUUGACAGGGGAAAAGAGGGACAUUCUGGGUGGGGGAUUUAAUGUUCUUUCCUAAUCAAGUAAAUAACAGAUUUUUGGUCUGUAUUUUUGGAUGUGGUGGGUUUAUAAAUGACAUUUAAUUUAAGAUAAAACACUUUGACAUUCUAAGAAGUGUGGAGCAGUCCAGUUGCUCACAUUGAAAGUCCAGUGCAGUGGGUGUUCAGACAGCUUUUUAGUGGAUCUUAACCCUGACCCCCCCCACCCUCCCAAUGUCAACUGCCAUCACAUCUUCAUUGUUCAGCCUACUCAGUUAAGGAAGUAACAAUGUGCCGCCUUUCAUUGUAAUUAUCGCCAGGAAAUGCUUGGACUUUCCUACUAUUGCUUGAAGAAUUAGAAAAAAAGUCCACACUGCAGGGAAAUCCCCUUGUUUGUAAAUAGGUAAUUUUGCUGUAAUGUACAGCAGCAAACAGGCCUAAAGUGGACACAGCCGACAAGCCGCUGACAGAUUCCUAAGGAACUUUUUUUUGAGAACCCAGGCUGAGACAUUCCUCUUGGGCGACGGAUUUCCCAAGGACCUUUACACUGAAAGAAAACUAUGGCGAGAUAACAAUAUCUCCAAGGUGCGUAAUGUGGGAGGUCUUCAUGCACGACUGCCAGACAAGAUGCCAGUGGGGUUCAGUGGAAAUCCCCACUCAUGUGAAUCUUCUGUCCUUCGGUACAGUUAGGUGGGCAGCAGUCCGUAAGUUGUUUUGUCAGCGCUGCGUACGUUUUCAGAACUGUAGCGGGCGUGCUUGAGAAAUGGAAAAUGUGAAAGAUGGUGUGGCUUCGUGGGUGAAAAUGUCAUGCUCUUUGUGUGAUUGCGUCGAGUGUGUAUCGUAAAUGAGUCAUCUUAGCCGUAAUAUCUGUCUCCAGACCUCAAAGUGUUAACUUUUGUGAGGUAAAACAUCAGCUUUACAUUCAGUAUGUUUUGUAUAAUGCAUUUGACUUUUUAUUUUAAGUACUCUAAUAUAUUUUCAUGUAAUAAUGUAAUGUGUUGUCUAAUGAUUCUGAAUCACAAAGCUCUGUUUACACACUUUUCAAACUUUUAUCAUCAAAUAAAUUUUUUUUGUAUUUAUUCUUGCUUCAGUACAGAAUAUCAUUAUACACUG